CUACUCCGGCCAUAACCUCCAUAUCCCUUACCCACACCAUCAUAUCUCUCUCUCUCUCUCUCUCUCUCUCUCUCUCUCUCUCAGCUAUGCAGCAAGCAAUUCCUUACAAGUCAUGGCCACCACUCCAUACAAAAGCCCAGCAAUCAUUUUCCCUCAAAGUCGACGACAACCCCCUUGUGUCGCCGCCCAAAGUCGUUCUGAGGGAAGGAGAAGAUAUGCUCAACAUGGUAUCAGAGAACGCAGUCAUAGUCUUUGCAAGGCGCGGAUGCUGCAUGAGCCAUGUCGUGAAGCGCUUGCUUUUGGGCCUAGGCGUGAAUCCUGCCGUUUACGAGGUUGAUGAGAAGGAUGAAAUUGGCGUUGUGAAGGAAUUGGAGACCCUGAUCAGCAAUACAGGAAAAGAUGGUAAAGUACUGCAGUUUCCGGCAGUUUUUAUUGGUGGGAGUUUGUUCGGAGGAUUGGAUCGAGUUAUGGCUACUCAUAUAUCUGGAGAAUUGGUUCCUAUAUUGAAAGAUGCCGGGGCCUUGUGGCUUUGAUUGAAGCUGCUUUGUAGAAUUUAGCCUUUUUGUUUUCUUCGAUUUUUAUUUUUUUCUGAAGAUUUUUUUCUUGAGCUGAUCCUCCAUGAGAAGAUGUACUAAUAAUUACUAUUACAGAAAUGCAGGAUUUUCCUUUUAUGCUA